AUGUCAGAAAGAAAAGUCCUCACGAAAUACUACCCGGCGGACUUUGAUCCGUCGGAGCUCACGCGCAAGAGGAAGCCCAAGCAGGCAGGCCCCAAGAUCCAGCCCGUCCGCCUCAUGGCGCCCUUCUCCAUGAGAUGCACCUCGUGCGGCGAAUUCAUCUACCGCGGCCGCAAGUUCAACGCCAGGAAAGAGACGCCCGUCGACGAGCGAUACCUGGGCAUCCAGAUUGUCCGACUCCACAUUCGGUGCACCCGGUGCAGCUCCGAAAUCACCUUUCGGACGGAUCCCAAGAACAACGACUACGCCAUGGUCAAGGGGGCCGUCAGGAACAUGGAGCCGUGGAGGGACCGCGUCGCCGAGGAGGAGACGGACGAGCAGAGGCUCGACCGCCUCGAAAGGGAAGAGGCCGAGGCGGCCGGGGAAGAGGAAAAGGACGCCAUGGCGGAGCUGGAAGCGAAAAUGCGGAUGCCAAGCUGGACAUGGCGGCGGCCGAUGCCCUGGACGCCAUCAGGCAGCGCAACGCGCGGAUACAACUCGCCGCCAAGGAAGGCGUGGACUUUGCAGACGCCGUCGUUCGGGGACGCCAAGGGUGACCUGCUCGGCCAGCUAGGGAUCGAGGAGCUGCCCCUUGAUGAGGUUAGCGAUGCCUUGGAAGAAUCGGACGCCGCUACGCCCAUGGGAACCUCCACAGCUUCGGGUUCUGCCACCGCGUCGGAGGACUCGUUAGCGAUGCCGCCACCGUCCUUCAAGAGGGUGGUUAAAAGGAAACGCGACCAUUCCGCCCUCUUAGGCAUCAAGAAAAAGAAGCCUUUGGUUUAA